GGGGGUAAGCUAUAAAACGUUUGGCGUGGAAGGCGAGGCUGUUUACAAUUUCGUGCUUCUACAACAAGCGUUAUGAAUUGCUAUAUACUGUUAAUAAGCGGGUUGUGCUUUGUGGUUGCUAAAGCCCAGCAGUACACGACGCCGGUUCCCAUUUUAAAGCAAAUUAAUAAACACAAUGAGGAUGGGUCGUACAGCUACGGAUACGAGGGUGCCGAUGGUGCGUUUAAAAUUGAAACGAAGUAUCCCAAUGGGGAGGUUCAUGGAAAAUACGGUUACGUAGAUGACACAGGGAAGUUAAGAGAAAUUGAAUAUGGAGCAAGCAGGCGAGGGUUUGAACCACAAGGUAACGACAUUAACGUACCCCCUCCAACUAUUCACAACAAUCAGCCAAUACGCCCUCUUGGCCCCAAUGAAGAAGACGAUGGACAAUACCGCGAGGACCCCUCUAUUUACUACAAGGAUGAAACAUACAAUCAACCUCAGCAGAAAAAUAAUUAUGCCGCACCGAAGUACACUCAAACAUAUCAACAGCCCCAAACGUACCAAAGACAGCAGACGUAUCAGCAACCCCAAACAUACCAGCAACCUCAAACGUACCAACAGCCGCAAAUCUAUCAACAACCCCAAACGUACCAUCAACCAAGUCGACAAGCUACAAAAUUCAGUUUCGAUGACUUUAUCUCCAACCACCAACCCCAACAGCAACAGCCACAACCGGCGGCGACCUACUACAAUCCACGUCCGGCCUACAAUCAACACUAUCAAGGAGGAUUCGGUCCGGCCACAAACGUUGACCUUAACUACGGCUCCUACUCGGUUAAUUACAGAAAACGGUAAUCGCAACCGCACGCCUAAUACCUUUGUUAAGUUCUUGUUAAAGCGAUCCCUCGCACACGGUGAUGUAUCUAAGAAGUGCAUGGUAAUUGUAAAUACUUCAAUUAUUUAUUAGAAUGCGAAUACGUAAUUCAUUUACAUAAUCGAAAUAAAAACGACAGCUAACGCUC